ACAGGACAGAGUCUGUGAUGUCAGAGGGCUGGGCAGGGCCAGAAGGUGCAGUAGGCUGUCUGCUAAACAAGGAUUACAGAGCAAGGGAUCUCUCCCUCUCUCUAAUUCUCUCCCUCGAUGGUGGUGAAAUGACAGUCAUGUUGAUGGAAGAUAUCUCAUUUCUGAACAGAGAGAGGAYAUUCACCUGAGAAUCAGUCAAGUCUCAGACUUUGGUCGCAUCUAGAUCCCUGGGGAAGAUCCAUGGAGGAGAAGGAGGAGAACCCGCUGGAGAGGGAGUAUACUCUAGCAGUGGUUCUACCAGGAGGCCUGGAGAAAAUGGCCACGGUACAUGGGAGUAAACCUGUGAUGGACGUACUGGUCACACUCUGUGCCCAGUACCACCUGAAUCCAUCUGACUUCACCAUAGAACUCCAGUCAGCCAAUAGAAACGACAUCUCCUUCAAACCCAGCUCUCUGAUUGGAGCCAUGGAGCCUCACAGGAUCCUACUGAAACCUAAAGGGGGAGAGGAGAAGAUAAGGAGGCCGUACGUGCCAGAGGUCACUGUACGUCUGCUGAUCAACUACAAGAAGAACCAUAAGGCCGUUGUGAGGGUCAACCCUAGAGUCCCUCUGGAGCGGCUCCUGCCUGCGGUGUGUGAGAAGUGUGAGUUUGACCUGGAGUCCACCAUUUUACUGCGAGCCAACGACUCUGAAGGACCUUUAAACCUGAGCAGGUCUCUCGAUGACUAUGGACUAAGGGAACUAUACGCCAAGGACAUGGCAGGUGAGAGAUGUUUUUAUGUUACUCCGCUUUUUGAGUUUUGGCGGCACUGGUAGUGAUGACGUACUUGUUUCAUACCCAAACUGUGUUUUGGAGACUGUCUACAGAAUAUGAUUUACCCACUGAGUGAGUGCAUAGUGUAUGUAUACUGUAAAUAUGAAAAUGCWAACAUGGAUGUCUUUUUCMAAUCUUGAACGGCUGUCAGUCCUGAAGUGGUUAUCACACUACCUCCCCGCGAGGGUACAAAACUUAACGAAAAUGUCUGAAAAUGCCCCAAGAUUUCGGCAAUGAACACAUUUCAUUAGAAUACCAGUUCCCGACCAUCUGUCGUUGCGAUUUCUUUCUCCUAGAAGCYCCUGUAGAAACACCAAGUAAAGAGAAGCAACAGAAGGAGAAYGAGAACAGGGGAUUGUUCGGCUUAUUCAGGAGAAUUAAGAAGAAACCAGAAAAGGGUCUCUCAGUGAGUGCCCCGGCCUCGRGUGGUCUGAAAAACCAGCGGGUGGCCAGCAUCAGCAUGAACUCCCUGGGUAUCCACUCCUCCAACACCCUMCCCAUGGACAACACCAUGGUCAAGAAAAGACGGGCCCCCAUGCCCCCCAUGGCAGGCUCCGAAAGCGUCCCUGCUAACCUCAACGUCCAGCUGUUGACCUCUAGGAAGAAGAGGAGAGCCCCCCCGCCACCCCCCUGUGCCCCCCCACCACCAUCCUCCUGUGUUAACACCCACAAAGGACCACCCCAGGACACUGAGAUCAAAGACGGCGAGUGAGAGCUGCGUCCUCCUUUCCUCCUCCUCCUUCCUCUGUGCUGCUCCUUCUGUUCCACUCUCCUCUUGUCCCCGUGGUGAACGAUUCUUCCUCCUCUCCGCCAUGUUGGUUUUUGAACUGUCAUGUUUGUCACUCGGUAGUCUUCUUUAUAAGCUCUUAUUUAUUUUAUUUCUGUUUUAUUUAUUUAUUUUGUUAGUGUGUUGUGCUUCUACCGCCUGUGUAACCUCUUUGUUUAGAUGGUAGGUUUCUCAGUACAGUAACACAGCUUUAUUUCCUGCCAUAUUAUAACUGUGCCUUCUGAAGAGAUGCGUCAUACAAUACACACCUCAGUGUAAAUGACGUACAUUACUUCACAAGUUCACUUUUGAAUGAAACCAUGACGGGAUUAGGUUUUAUUGUCUCAAACGUGUCUUUUCUGUUUUCUUUUGUUGUUUUUCUGUUCCUCUAUUGACGUUUUCUACCAUUCUCCUCUUUCUUUUCAAUCAUAGUUUAAACUACAUCUGUUGAGGAGAUAAUGUUUAAAAAAGUCAUUAAGUAAAAGUCAGACAUAGGUUGCUAUUCCUUGUGCAAAUGUAUUCAUUCGAUUUUAAUAAAGUGCUUUGAUUAACUUG